AUCUCCCCCUUUCUCUCUCUCUCUUCCUUCUCUCUCCAGCAGUAAAACGAAGGGCAGGCCUUUCUUUUCCAUCGCCGGUGGAUUUUCAGCGCGGCGCCAUCGCCGUCUCCUCGCCCUAGAGCCAUCGCCGCGCCCCUGGUCUGUAUCUCUCGCAUUCGAUCGGCCGUAGGGUAUAGCAGCGAUCCCAUUUCUCGUUACCCUAGUUCCUCAUUUCCGCACAUUGAAAGAACAGGUGUUUUUUUUUUGUUUCUUCGUCUUCUUUUUUCUUCCCUUUUUUCCUCUGAGGUGCCCGUAGCUUAUAGUUUCUUUGCUCGCCGUGCGGGCUUUCCAGAGGUAUAGAUUUUAUUAGGGCUUUGUGAUUCAAUCUCGAUGGUGGAAGUUUUACUGUAAGCCAACGCUCCUGGGGUGACAUUCAUGUUGUCUGGAAGUCUUCUCUUUAAAGAAACUGAAUUGCUAGUCGCUCAACUCGGAAGCCAUGAUCACAGAGCGCAGGGGAGUUCGGAGGGGCAUGACAGUGCUCGGCAAAAUUCCGGUGCCGAGGCCUGUCAAUCUUCCAAGCCAGAGGCUAGAAAAUCGAGGACUCGAUCCGAACGUGGAGAUAGUGCCAAGAGGAACUGUUACGUGGGGUAACGCUGCUCGUUCUCCUCCGACUUCGACAAACAACUGGGGUGGUGGUAACGGUUCACAGCCAUCAUCGCCACCAGUGAGUGCUGGUGCAUGGGGAUCCAAGCCUGCAUCAGCAUGGGGGCCGAACUCUACACGACCAUCUUCCGCUGGCUCCACAAGACCAUCAUCCGCGGGAGGUGCGCAUCCUUCGUCUAGUGUGCUUCGACCUGCGUCUGCCGGGGGUAGGCAUCCACAAGAGCUAGCUCGUCCAUCUUCAGCUGGGAACCAAGACCUUCCUCCACAGAAUGCCUGGGGUCCUGCAAAUCGUCCUUCCACUUCUUCAGGAACACAAGCUAGCAGUCAGCCUUCGAAUUCACGCCCACGGAGCGCCGAGGCGAGGCCGAACGGUCGAGUGUCUCUUCUGACUUCUGAGCUCGCACGUAAUGGUCCGCAGCCAUGGGGGCCUUCGGCAUCACGGAAAUCGCAGGACGAGGUGCCUCAGCCGUCCCGUUUUACUCUCACGACUGGAGAUUUUCCUACGCUUGGGUCCGAAAAGAAUCCAAAUCUUCGACCACAGCAGCGAGAACGUCCUGAGCACGUAGACGAACGUCCUGAAGAAAGACCACCUUCGCAUCAGUAUGAUGAUGGUUAUCCUGGACAAGGUCCACGCUUCAAUGACCACCCGGAGGGUGCCAACGGCUGGGGUCGGGGUCCUUUCAGAGGGCCUCCCGGGCCUGGUAUGGAAGGAGGAUAUGGAAUGCCGUCGAAUAGCUGGCGUCGGGAGCCACCACCCGAUGGCGAAGACCACUGGCCUCCAAGUGGACCAUACGGACCUCCCAGGUUCCCAAAUCCAGAGUUUCUUCAUCAAAGGUUUGGUCCGAGCCCUCCAGCUUCCUACGGUCAGCCCGGUGAUGGCUAUGGUCCUCCACCGUUCAUGAGGCCAAUGAAUCCGGAACGUCCUGGUUUCGGUCCGGGAAUGUUUCCAGGGCAUUACGAUGGGUACUACGGCUAUCCUCCAAGUUACAACAUGGAUGAGAGAGAAAUGAUGAUGUGGGGAGGACCAGGAGGAUAUGGCGGUUUUCAUCCUGAUUUUCCCAGGCAUCCAAUGGGACCAAGGCCCCGUCAUAUGCCGAACCAUGCAGUCUUUGAAAAGGAUGGGGAAGGCUUUCAUUCGGAGUUCAGAGGUGGUGGAAAGAUGAAAGAAGGAGACAAUGGGGAGUUCAGGAGAGAACCAGUGAACAAGGCUGCAAACGAUGCAAAGAGGUCCACGAUGCAUCCUCCCAAGGCUGAACCAGUAGUUCCGGACGUGGCCAUCCUAAAAAAGCCACAGCCUAUCAAGGAAAAGCAAGAGGAUGGAGACUCAGUUGACGCACCUCGCAUUGCUGACAAAAAGGAAGAAAUCAUUAAAGCUGAGGCUGUGGCUCCUCCAUCCGAGCCUACUGAAACAACCGCAGGUGUUCUUGGAAAGGGCCCUGUUACCAUAGUUGACGAGAAGCACGGCGAACAGGUGCUUAAAGAUGGUGUCAAGUCAAAGCCCAAGACAGCUGCGGCCCACGAGUCCGAAAAGGAGUGGAGGCCUAAGCUUCAUGCGACGGAUUUGAACGUUUAUGAUUACGAGGCUCAGCGUGCAAAGAUGAAAGAAAUUGCUGCUCAAAGAGCAGAACAGCUUCAGAAAGAAGAGGAAGAGCGAAUCAAAGAACAGAAAGCAAAGGCAAUGGCUAAGCUUGAGGAGCUUAAUAGGCGUUCAACAGGCGCUCCUACUGAUACUACUGAUACGCCAGUUGAAGCGAAGGCUUCAGGAGUAAGUAGUAAGCCCGAGCAUGGAAAGCGAGGUGGCAAAGGAAGCAGAGCAAGAAAAGAGAGGUCGAAAGGGCAGUCCAAGAAAGACGUGAACGUGAAUGCCGCUGAAACUCCACCACCUCCGAAAACAGACGCCGUGGAAACUCCGGUACGAGAUGGGCGAGAUGACGUAGUCCAAGACGGCGGAGCAGCCCAAAGCCCGAGACAAGAUGCCCGGGUCCAAAGUCCGAAGCAAGAGAACCGGCUCCAAAGUCCGAGACAAGAUGGCCGAGCUCAAGAAGCCCGAGUUCAGAGUCCUGCCGCGCAGGAAGAGGUUCCGGCCGAAGAAAGAAACGCGACAAAAGGGAAUGGUGGCAGAAGGCUUCCGAGGAAGCCAAAGAGGAUAUCGUCCAAGUCCCAGGACGUACGAGUUAGCGACAAGCAGCAUGGAGCUGAGAAUAUGAUCUGGGCGCCUGUGCGUAGUGCUCCCGACCAGCCGCAGCAGCUUCCGCCUCCGCCACCACCAGGGCCACAGCCACAGCCACAGGCUUCCAAGCAGCACCAGGCUCCGGCUUCUCGUCCCCACGACAAGGAACGAGAGCGGCACGAGAGGUCCGAGAGGCACGAAAGGUCUGAGAGGUCCGAGAGGUCCGAGAGGCACGAGAGGCACGAGAGGCCCGAGAGACAUGAAAGGCCCGAGAGACACGACAGGUCCGAGAGGCACAGAGACAACGGCAUGGUUUAUCAGCAGAAGUCAGGAAACGGCGGCGGUAGGCAAGGCCACGAUCAUCAUCCUCAGCCGCAAGACAAAGCAACAGUUCAUGCGGAAGGCGGUGGUGGCGGUGGUGCUGCUGCUGGAGGUGGUGGUCAUCAGAGGCCACAGUCGGCUGGCUCCAGGUUUGGGCAUAGAGAGCGACCAUUCUCGUCUGAGAGCGGUCAUCACCAUAACAAGUCUCAGUAUCAGCCAGUACCACAGCAGCAGCAGCAGCAAAACAAUCCCCAGCAGCAUCAUCAGCAGCAAAACCAUCUCCAGCAGCAGCAGAACCCGCAGAACCAGCAGAACCAUCAGCAGCAAAACCAUCACCAGCAGCAGCAUCGAUCCGGAAAACCCGAGCAUGGAAAUAAUUCCAACUGGGGAAGUGGCGGUGGUGGUGGUGGUGGUGGCGGUGGCGUCGGUGGUGGCGGUGGUGGCGGUGGCGUCGGUGGGGGCGGUGGCGGUGGCGGUGGUGGUGGAAGGCGAGGUCGGUUUGGACGUGCAGGGAUGAGGUCGGUGGUGGACAUGGGAGGCAGGGUCGAGAAGCAGAGGAUGGUGAUCGAUGCAACCGGCGGAGCUCUUCCAAAUCAAGUUGCUGGCUGAGAACUGGAUUGUCGGUGCCGUAUCCUAUCCGCGAACGAUUGUCACUGGGAUUGGUUACUCAGCAUUGGAUGGAGAGGUUUUUAAAGCAAAAAGUUUUUUCGUUCGUUCGGUCGUUGUUUGUAGCCUUUGCUCUGCCAAGAAAUGAGAAAGUGGAAAUGAGAAAGUGAUUCCUAGCUUAAUAGCUAUAAAGUUUACUA